AUGCCGUCUCUGCGUCACCGGCUCCAGUCUCUUUGCUACAGUGGUGUUAGCAGCGUUUGGCAGACCAUCACCUCGGAGGACCAACUGGUGAGGCAGGGUGCUGCCUGAGCAGGGGCCUCUCACAAGAAAAACUUCACCCUGGUUCCAGAUAAUCACACUGUGCUACUGACCCACUGAAAUGUCUUAGAGAGAAGUUUCUUUGACCUCCAGGAUGAAUUCUCUUUUGACUUUGGUGACCUGCACAGGGUAAUCAGCAAACUCCAUCACAGUGUGAUGCUGGAUGAGUGGGGUCUGUAGAGAGAUGCCCUCCACAAAGGCUUGAAGAGCCAUGGGAGCUGCCACUCUCCUCUAAAGAACUGCUGUAUGUUCAAAAAAGGCAUGGGGAAGAGGUAGCCAUUUGUGCCCUAUGUUCAGUCUCAUCUCACUGCAAAUCACUGGAACAGCUUUUGGAAGUCAGACUGGACUUCUGUCCUGACUCCAUUUACCACUCAGGUUACAGGGAUAUUUUUCCUCCAGAUGCACUACUGCAGGGAUGCCAAACUCCAUUUAACUGUCAGCAAGUCUGUAAGUGAGACUCUAAAUCUGAUAGACCAAAGUUAGUUUUCCACAGCUUUUGUGCAGUUUGUGAUAGCUGAGGACACCAAACUUCAUACUGCCAUUCUGGAAAACAUUCAGGCUUCAUCGGAGGGUAUAUGUGGGAAAUAUCUGCAGGGAAGCUCUCUGUUACUUCACUUUUAUGAACGGGAAUACAGCAUUGAAUGA